GAGUCGGAGGUGGUCCAGGGCAGGAGAUGAUGUCAGUAGGACUGGUAUGCAGAGGUCUGACAUCAGCCAGAAAGUCUCUGAAAACUAAAGCUGUGUUGACUCAGGCCAAAUAAGGAGGAAAGAAACAGUGAAUCCUAAGGCAUUGUUCCCGUCAUCAUCAUUCCAGUCAGCGCACCAUGGCUGGCUUCAGGCAAGAGGAUGUUGAGUUGCAUUAUGAGAUGGGAGAGGAGCUGGGCAGUGGACAGUUCGCCAUCGUUCGUAAGUGCAAGGAGAAGAACAGCAGUGUCGAGUACGCUGCCAAGUUCAUCAAGAAGCGGCGGCUGUCGUCCAGCCGGCGGGGGGUGAGCCGCGAGGAGAUUGAGCGCGAGGUCAACAUCCUGCGGGAGAUCCAGCACAGCAACAUCAUCACCCUGCACGACAUCUUCGAAAACAAGACCGACGUGAUCCUGAUCCUGGAGCUGGUGUCCGGAGGAGAGCUGUUCGACUUUCUGGCUGAGAAGGAGUCUCUGACGGAGGAGGAGGCCACCCAGUUCCUCAAGCAGAUCCUGGACGGCGUUCAGUAUCUACACUCCAAACGCAUCGCUCACUUUGACCUCAAGCCUGAGAAUAUCAUGCUGCUGGACAAGAAUGUCCCCAACCCCAGGAUCAAGCUGAUUGAUUUUGGGAUUGCUCAUCAGAUUAAAGCUGGAAAUGAGUUCAAGAACAUUUUUGGAACACCAGAGUUUGUUGCGCCUGAAAUAGUCAACUACGAGCCUCUUGGACUGGAGGCAGACAUGUGGAGCAUCGGAGUAAUCACAUACAUUCUGUUGAGCGGCGCUUCACCGUUUCUGGGCGAGACGAAGCAGGAGACUCUGACCAACAUCUCAGCUGUCAACUAUGACUUUGACGAGGAGUAUUUCAGCAACACCAGCGAGCUGGCCAAGGACUUCAUACGCCGCCUGCUGGUCAAGGAUCCCAAGAAGAGAAUGACAAUCGAUGACAGUCUUGAACACCCCUGGAUUAAGGUGAUUAAGAGGCGAAAUGUCCGCCAGGAGGAGAGAGACCACAAGACUGAGCGCAGGCGCCUGAAGACCACUCGUCUGAAGGAGUACACCAUCAAGUCACACUCCAGCAUGCCGCCCAACAACACUUACGUCAACUUCGAGCGCUUCUCCCAGGUCCUUGAGGAGAUUGCGGCGGCAGAGGAAGGCCUGAAGGAUCUGGAGCGCAAUCAGCGCUCGUGCCGGGAGGACGUGGCGGCGCUGCUGUCCAUAUAUGAGGAGAAGGAGGGUUGGUACAAGGAGGAGAACCAGAGCAUCUCCAGCGACCUGAGCCACAUCCGCCAAGAGCUGCAGCGCACUCAAGCCCAGCGCAAGAAGAGCCAGGAGGAAACCCGGCUAACCAUGCACGCCGCCAGCAUCCUCAAGCGCAAGUUCGGGCGUCUGGAAAACCGCUACGACGUCCUGGCUGAGCAGGUGGCCUCUGAGGUCCGCUGGGUGGAGGAGCUGGUCAAGUCCAUAUCUGCAGAGAAGGACGGCCUGGGCUCCGGCAGCAUGCCCUGAGCCAUGAGCAAACGUCCAGCAAUGACACUUUCAUCCUCAAGUAUCCUCCUGCCCGUCUUCUCUGCGUGUGUCCGACACAGUGGAGCUGGAGUGGGUCAGUCGUCAUCAUAAGCUAAGCUGCUGCUGCCCAUCAGGAAAAAUGUUCCACCAUUUUUUAAGGUCAUGCUUGAGAGAACCAGCAAGAAGCAGAGAGGCAAUAUGUUGAACCCAUUCCUCCGUAAAAAAAAAAAAAAAAAAGGCUCAUUCCUGUGUUUUCUACAUUUAUUUAUAAUUUUUAGAGAUUUUACGUACUAUUAUUUGACUGCCAUACGUCGUAGUUAACACCAUUAUUUGAUAUUUUGUCUUCUUUUUGCAGCUGUCAGUUUUUGCGAAUGGAAAAACAACUUGAUUUAUUUUCCUUAAUUUUUCUUAAUUACAUCUGAAUUGUGUUUGAAAGCCGUAGACGUCUGCUCAUUCACUCUCAGGUUAUUGGCCAGUUGAACAGCUUGUAGGUUGUCAGGUUUGCUCAGAGUUCAGGGAUAUUUAUUUAUCCGGUUACACUUCAGAUUCAAUUGCAGCUGACAUUUUAAAAACUUCUCUCAUAUGUUGGGACAGAGUGUUGACUAUUAAAGAUGCAAUAAACAUGAACUCUCAGCAUAAAGAACGGAAAGAUUCAGGGUAACGCUUUAUUUUACAGGUGAUUUAUUGAACAUUUCCUGGAAAGAACAAAGCAGUUCGGUUCUAAUUUUAGGGAGAAUAAAGCUGGAGUUUAGUUAGUUGUAUUGAGUUUAUUAUUAACUUUACAUGAAUGAAAUAGCUCAGUUUAAACCCUAGUAAAUAUUUAUUCAUCAUUAAGUCAUUAUUGGAAACUUUACUGUUCAUAAAAGCUGAAUUUUAUGUUUGCUUGUAGACAUGUUGUGCGUAAAAAGUCUUAAGGCUUGUGCUAGCAUUCAAGAGUUAUAUAUAUAUAUAUAUAUAUAUAUAUAUAUAUAUAUAUAUAUAUAAAGAGUACCAGUUGAUCACUCUCCAGUUCUACCUAUAAUUAGUACCACGUUACACGGUUCUUUUCAGGAAACGCCGGAGGAGUUCAAUCUGAAUUCACAGACCUGUGAGAUAAAGCGUUACCAGAUUCAGAAUGUAUAAACUCAUCUUUACAGUGCCUGUAAACUGAUCGACCUUAUUGCCUCCGCUGAACGCUCAUCUGCUCAUCGAGUUAACGACAUUUCUAUCACAUUGAUACUGCUCGAUGUCUUAACAACUUUUGCACAUUAGCCUUGUAAACCAAAAAUACUGUGCAUGUUAGACUUUCUCUAUAUACUGUAACCGCUGUUAAUGUUUUCAUCCUGACGUCCCCGCACACUUGAAACAUUCCAUCGAUAACGUUUCACAUCCAGGCAGCACAUUCCCCCUCUAUAGCGUAGACAGUGUGUGAUAUAGUCUGUAGUGUUUUUCAGUAGAGAAAUUUACUCAUUUGCACUUAAAUGAUUAUAGCAGUGUUCCCAAAUCUAUUUUAAUCCGUCUCUUUAGAAAGAGCUGUACAAAAAAAAUAUGAACAGAGCUUGUUUCAAAUAAACAAAGUUAUCACUGU